AUGGCGGCCCCAAAGAUGACGAAGAACCAGAUGCGCCGGGCGAAGAAGAAGGAGCAGAAGAAGGCGCAGACAGAGGCUGCCGCGAAGCCCGACGAGCAGAAUUCUGAAGAGCCCGAGAACCAGGAGAAGCCCGCCGAGGACCUCGAGGUCAAGAAGGAUGCCGAUACCAGCUCAAAGACCGAGGCUGACGGACCGGUCGACGAUAUCAACCCCGACGAUGAGGCGUUUGCCAUGUUCAAGGACAUUUUCCUAAAGUUCGGCGCGUCGUUAGAAGAGGACGAAGUCGCCAAGGAAGCCAACGCCGGAAACACUGGUGAGGUCAUCUGGGACCAGGACGACAUUCCCAGUGAGGAUGAGGAGGCCUCAGGGCAGACCAAACUAUCCAAGAAGAAGAGGAAGCAAAUGAACAAAUUGUCCAUUGCCGAGCUCAAGGCUCUGGUCAAGAUCCCCGACGUCGUCGAAUGGCAAGACGUCUCAUCAACAGACCCACGUCUGCUGGUGCAGAUCAAGGCGCAAAGAAACGUCGUACCCGUGCCCGGCCAUUGGCAGCUCAAGAGGGAGUACCUUUCUUCCAAGAGAGGUAUCGAGAAGCCGCCUUUCAGGCUACCCAAGUUUAUUGCCGAGACAGGCAUUACAGAGAUGCGUGACGCGGUUCUCGAAAAGCAGGAGCAACAAUCUCUGAAGCAGAAGCAACGCGAGCGCGUCGCUCCCAAGAUGGGCAAGCUUGACAUCGAUUACCAGAAGCUCUACGACGCGUUCUUCCGCUUCCAGACUAAGCCGGAACUCACUCGCUUCGGCGAGGUGUACUACGAGGGCAAGGAGAGCGAGGUUGAUUUCCAACACUUUAGACCAGGUGAGCUCAGCGAGGCCACAAAGGAAGCUCUAGGCAUGCCCCCAGGUGCUCCUCCACCAUGGCUCAUCAACCAGCAGCGCUUUGGUCCUCCCCCGUCAUAUCCCACCCUUAAGAUCCCCGGCCUCAACGCGCCGCCCCCACCAGGCGGCUCCUGGGGCUUCCACCCCGGUGGCUGGGGCAAGCCUCCAGUCGACGAGUUCAACCGCCCGUUGUUCGGCGGUGAUGUCUUCGGACUUACAAACCAGCCCGGUGCCCCCGCACAACAGCAGGUCGCGGCGCCGCUUGCCGGGGGCGAGCCCGUUGAAAAGACGCUGUGGGGUGAGCUUCAACCCCGCGAGGAAGAGUCCGAGGAAGAAGACUCAGAAGAGGAGUCCGAGGAAGAGGAGGAGGAAGACGACGAUGUCCCCGGCGGCCUGGAGACGCCCAGCGGCAUCCAGACAUCGGGCGGCAUGGUCUCCUCCGUACCGACAGACUACCCAGGCCACGGCGUCGAGACGUCUGUGGCCGGCGAGAUGGACCUGCGGAAACAGCGCCGUGGCUUCGACACCGAAGAGAGCUCACACCCUCGGUCCGCGUACCAGGUCAUCCCCGAGCGCCAGCAGCGCGCCGAGGGCUUCUUCGGCAGCGACCGCGUCUACGAUCUCAAGGGCAACAACGGCGUGCCGGUCCUGGGUCAGGAGGACGAUACCCGCAAGCGCAAGAAGCCCGGCGACGUCGACGUUGCCAUCGACGUCGACUCGCUGCAGCAGAACGACGGGCUCAGCAAGGACGAAGUGCGCCGGCGGUUCGAGGAGGGCAAGCGCGAGGACGGCAUCGGUGCCAAGUGGGCAUACGAGGACGACUUGUCGGAAAUGAUUGCUCAGGAGUCGAGGAAGAGGCAAAAGGUCGACGAGAAGCGAAACAAGGAGAAGAAGGAGAGCAAGUACAGGUUUUAG